AUGGUCAGCUCGUCUGCUUCGGACACAACGGAGAAAGGCAGUGUGAUGUUCCAGCAGAUUUGGGAUCGGUUUUGGCAGUCUCAGCGGGCCGCUAUCAUACUUGUGCAGUGCGUACAGAUGGUCAGCUCGUCUGCUUUGGAGCCAACGGAGAAGGGCAGUGUGAUGUUCCAGCAGAUUUGGGAUCGGUUUUCGCAGUCUCAGCGAGCCGAAGUCAUACUUGUGCAGUGCGUACAGAUGGUCAGCUCGUCUGCUUUGGAGCCGACGGAAAACGGCAGUGUGAUGUUCCAGCAGAUUUGGGAUCGGUUUUGGCAGUCUCAGCGGGCGAAACUCAUACAUGUGCAGUGCGUACAGAUGGUCAGCUCGUCUGCUUCGGAGACCUUCGAAAAAAGGCGGUUAAGGUGCCAUCAGAUUUGGGACCAGUCUUGGCAGUCUCAGCGGGCCAAUAUCAUACUUGUGCAAUACGGGCAGAUGGUAUGCUCGUCUGCUUUGGACGCAGAUACGCGGCGUGUCACCCUCCAGCAGACUUGGGACCAGUUCUGGCAGUCUCGGCGGGCGAUCAGCACACCUGCGCAGUGCGGGCAGAUGGUCAGCUCGUCUGUUUUGGACGCAGAGGGCAAGGCCGGUGUGACGUGCCAAGAGUUGAUUAGGGACCAGUUAGGGUUUAGGGUUUAG